AAAUUAACAAACUCAGAUUCUGAGUAGUGGGCAAGCAGCAAGAGAGAUGGAGAGCUAUGCAUUAACCGUCAGAUCGUCGAGCACAUCUCUUCUUCUUCACUCUCGACACUACCUUAACAGUACUAGGUCCGGCGUCGCCUUUCCGAAUCCUUUAUCAGCUAAUUCUUCUCUUCGAUCUAUUCAUGGUGCUGCUGCUUUUCUCACCUCCAAAGUGUUGUUAUCUCGCUCCUCUUUGUCUUCUCACUUUUGGAGCCAAACAGCGAACAAUUUCAAGGCCAAGACCGCUUCAGUUCCUGAUAAUACGGAUGAGUCUACAAAUCCGAGGGAUUUGGUUCGGACUUUGCAACUCAUUAUCAUGUUCAUCGUCUGGUACUUGUUGAACAUCUACUUUAACAUCUAUAAUAAACAGGUUCUGAAGGUUUAUCCUUUCCCUGCAACAGUAACCGCAUUUCAGUUUGGAUGUGGAACUGUGCUUAUCCUUCUAAUGUGGGGGCUCAAGUUACAUCCAAUACCAAAGCUAACAAAAUCUCAGGUUUCAGUCAUCCUCACAUUGGGAUCUAUACACACAUUGGGAAAUCUCUUGACAAAUAUAAGCCUUGGGAAAGUGGCAGUGUCAUUCACUCACACAAUUAAAGCCAUGGAGCCCUUCUUCACUGUUAUCUUUGCUGGAUUGUUUCUUGGAGAGAGUCCUAGCAUUUGGGUACUUGCUUCGCUUGCACCAAUUGUUGGAGGAGUGGCACUAGCAUCUUUUACUGAGUCGUCUUUUAACUGGAUAGGUUUUGGAAGUGCAAUGGCUUCCAAUGUGACAAACCAAACCCGUAAUGUACUAAGCAAGAAGUUCAUGAUCAAGAAAGAGGAGUCUUUGGACAAUAUCAAUCUGUUCUCACUCAUUACAAUCUCUUCGUUUCUGUUUCUCCUCCCUAUGGCGAUUCUAAUGGAAGGGGUGAAAUUUAGUCCAUCAUACCUCCAGCAAGCUGCUAGUGUCGGAGUAAACAUCAGGGAGCUUGGCAUAAGAUUGGUCCUGUCAGGAAUUUGUUUUCACUCGUAUCAACAGGUGUCUUAUGUAAUACUUGGAAUGGUAUCGGCGGUGACUCAUGCAGUGGGUAACAGUGUUAAGAGAGUGGUGGUCAUUAUCUCCUCCGUCAUCUUCUUCCAAACUCCAGUUUCCCCCAUUAACUCCUUAGGGACUGCGAUUGCACUUGUGGGCGUAUUCUUGUAUUCAAAAGCAAAGCGCAUGAAACCAAAAGCCUUAUAAUGACCUAAAAACCCUUUGAUCAUAAUAAAUAAAGAUCUUCUUGCAGACUAAAACAACCCAAAGAGGAUAUUUAAGAAGACAAACACCUUCAUUGUCAAAACAAAAAAAGCUGCAAGAAGUGCUACAGUACAUUGGGUAUAUAGUGUGCAUGUGCCAGUCAAGGAAAAUAUGAACAGUGGAAAAAGAUAUGACAAACUAAGCCACUGUUCAUAACCUGAAAUAUUAAACACCUCAUAUUGUCUACUACAAUAUUGUAGUUUUACAUUCACAUAAAAAUAAUGAAUUGCCUAUUUAUAGAUU